CCUCUCUUUCACACACACACACACACACACACACACACACACACACUUGUAUUUUGUGCUGUUGUAAAACCCACGUGUCCAGCGGGGAGGCUGCCAGAUCGUGGAGCGGAGGAGCCGGGACGCGGCAGCGGCCGAGCGCAGCAGCCCGCCGGCUCCGGCGCCCGCGUCCGCCCGCACUCCCGCGCCUCUACACCCCUGGCUUGCGGCCCCGGAGGGUCCCGGGCGGGCGGAUCUCUAGGGCUCUGCUCCCGCGCUGCCCAGGGGCAUGUAGCGUAGCCGGGGCGCACACUCUCCCGCACGCUCACCAAGACACACGCACGCACGCACCCGCCGGCGGCUCCGAGUUUUCAGGUAAGCGUGGCUUGUCUAGGGCUGAGGGUCUUGGACCCGGGGAAUAGGAGGCUGGAGGUCCUGCGCUGGGGGCGGGGGGCGAGACUGUCCCGCCUCCUGGCGCCGGAGGCCAGCGCGGCUCAGGCGCUGCGCCACUCCAGUUCGGGUCGGCUCCGGGCGGGGGCAGAGGGUGGGGGCUGCGUGCUGCCGCCGAGUUCUGCUGGGAAGCGCCCUCUCUCCGGGCUUCAACAGUGCCGGGUGGGCGCUGGGCGCCUCGGGCUGGGAGGCAAGGCAGGGUGCACACAGCUCCCCCCGCGCGGCGCUGCGGCUUCAGAGUAAACU